CCAAAAGAUACGCGAUUGGCGAAACGACGCAAUGAUGACCUUCGCUGCCGAGCUGGAGCGCGUGACUGAGGAGUUGGCAGCGCUCUGUCGACGGAGCUUCGGACCUUGUGGAGAGGAGGCGCUGCUAUUCCGUCCUCCAGAUGCGCCGAUAGUUACGGGCGAAGGUCACGCAAUACUGGCGGCGUGGAAGCGAGGGUUGGAUUCAGAUGAUCCACUCGCUGUAUUCCUACUCACUGCGGCCAAUGGCGUACAUCAGCAACUAGGAGACGCAUCUAGUGAAUUUAUUCUGCUAGUAGACGCAGCGGUGGGGCGUGUGACUGGGCGGUUGAGGAGAGAGAAGAAUGCUUGGAGUGUAGUGGACCGCGCUCGAUUAUCACGAGCUUAUGGUGAGCUGAAAUGGGAGCUGCAACGCGAGAUGGAGACGCCAAGUUCCACUCUGUGUGACUUGAAACUAGCCGUGCCAAUUGAGUUGGAUGCUAAGACAAUGCAGCCGUCACAAAAGUUUCGAGACGCGAGCGCUAACAUUUUGGCUUCUGCACUACGUGGGGUGCUUGGCGAACAAUCAGUGGAGUUCGUGGUCGACUUAGUGCUCAAAUGGUUUUUCAGUGCAUCGCUAGGUAGAAAGCUUGAUGCUGCGGAGAAUACUGGCAGACUGUUAUUCCGCCGUGUGCAGCAGUUUUUGAAGUGCGCUCCAGACGCGAUUAUUUUCAUGGCGGCGCCAUCAGUAUAUUCUUCAUACGUUGUUCCAAGCGACGAGUUUAUUCUGAAGAAGUCAGUGGUAGCAUCACAGCCUCCUGGAAUACUCGGUAGAUGUCAAGGAACCGUUCGGUUUGCGUGUUUUACGUGCUCACUGUCGUUAUCAACUGGAUCAAACAACGUCGAGUUCGCAACUUCUACAGAUGAGGAAUUGUUCACAGCACACGACGCAGCGCAAUUGUUUAUCUCCAAGUUUGUGCGUCGUCUACACGAUGCUUUUCACAUUCAGCUAAUCGUCAGUGUGGAAGCUCUUGAUGACAGCGUAAUUGCGACCUGCACCCGUCAGGACAUCGCGUGUGUGCAACUUGCAGAGCCAGAAGAUGUUGAGGCGCUUUGCAUUCGCGCUGGGAUAUUCCCACUGGCCAGUGUCUUUGAUGACAUCGAAGAGACUGGCUAUAUUGGAGUGUGCAUGAAUGGAGUGACCCGAGUGAGGUUCCAGCAACAGGCGUGUAUACGACUGUGUGGACUCUCAAGAUCAAGUAACCAACUCAAGGGAAAGCUAAACAGCGAACAUCGUUUGGAGGAAAUUGUAACCCCUCAGCUUUUGAUCCACGCGCCGACGAAAGGAGUCCACAAGCAAUACUACUCGGCAAUCGUCAAAAGUCUACGAGUACUCAGAAGCUGGUGGGAACCAGUUGAUAACUCUGUCUCAGUACUUUAUAGUUGCAGAGGCGGGGGAGCGACAGAGCUAGCCAUUGCACAGUGGCUACGAGAAGAAAGCGAGACAAUUUCGAGUGAUCCAGUUAUGUUCUCUUUGGCGAGAGAGAUUUUCGCCCACGCUCUCGUUGAAAUUGUUAGCGUUCUGCGAAACAACUUGACUGAGACUAGCUCAAGCGGCAAUGAUGAACGAUCAGUUGGUAACCAGCGACAGGUUCUUCUCGACGCGUUGAGUAAUAUGAAACUCACGGAUCAACAGAAGCACGCCAAAGAGUAUACCGGAUAUAUACUCGACUACUCUCAGGUUAUCGAGACCCCCGCAGGGCCAAUCCAGAUCCCCGAGCUCGUAUUCGAUGAUCCUACAGCAUUUGGACUUGUUCAUCCGUGGAGACGUAUCGACACGCUGUUGUUUCUCGUUCUACAAACGCUAGAGCAACUCCUUCGGAUCGACAAAGUCUUUCCGAAGACACCUGCAGAUAAAACGAAAUAGACCAUCAUUUCUACAGAAAAAAACUUGAUAAAGACCAGCAAUAUUAGCAGGGCACAGG